ACGACGCAAUUUGGGCUUUUGGUGUUGGGCUUCAGAUCGGGCCGAAGGCUGUGAAAAGAAACCCUAACACACCCUCGCGCGGGAAAAGAGAAGGGAGCGCGCGCCAAUUCCGCCGCGCAAUGCCCCCCCCCCCCCCAGCCACCGGCGACGGCGAGUGGAGCUCACCGGUAACAACCACUGAUCUCUUGUCCGGUUCUCCUCCUCUCCUGGCUUUCCAAACGCGCCGCUUUGUUUCGUGAUCCGCAGUGCAGCUACCCUGUUCGACGGAAUGUUUCCCCGGGCCAAGAUGAGGAAAAUGUCGGCGGCGAGGUCGGGGAGGGUAAAGAUCGGGGACCUACCCGAGGAUCUGCUCCAGCGCGUCGUCUCGCUACUGUCGGCGCGUCAGACCGUGCAGACGAGCGCGCUGUCCCGGCGGUGGCGCCACCUCUGGAGGUCGGCGCCGCUCCUGCGGAUCGUCCCGGACGAGGGGUUCCAGACGGUGCGCGGGCUGAACGAGUUCGUCAAGCAUCUGCUCCUCCUCCGCGACGGCGCGGCGCCGCUGGACGCCUGCGUGAUCAACUUCUACUGCUGCGAGUUCGACUCCUACCAGUAUCCGUCCUCCGACGAGCCGGACGUCGGCCUGUGGCUCCGGCACGCCGUGUCGCGCGGAGCUCAGCUGAUCAGAGUAGAGGUCUACGUGGAGGACGAGCCGGUUUGUCUGCCCGACCUGCCUCUCGUCUCCAACCAUCUGAGGGUGUUGGAUCUUAGACUUGUAGAGAUCAAAGACAGCUUGGUUGAUUUCUCGGGUUGUCCAUCAUUGGAGCACCCAAAGUUUCAGGGUGGAUUCAUCAAUGCUCGCAGGAUCUCGUCUCCAUCAGUGAAACAUCUGAUCAUAGACGGUAGCGGCUUUAAUCGCAAGUUCCGCACCCGUAUUUCUACCCCAGGUCUUAUUUCUCUGGAACUGGAGUUCUGGGGCAGUACUCCUUUGCUCGAAGGCAUGCCAUUGUUGGUUACUGCAUCUGUCAAUCUGGAUCAUGAGUGUAGGGAUCGUUGUGCGAACACUGAAUUUGGGGAUUGCGGUGAUCCUGAAUGUGAUGAUUGUGAUGUUAUGGUCAGUGAUGGUAACGGCUGUGUGCUUCUUCAAGGUUUAUCAGGCGCUACGACUUUGGAGUUGACAACUGAGUCUAGGGUGUUUAUGUUCAGAAGGGAUCUGAUGUGGUGCCCCAUUUUUAGCAAGCUAAAGACCUUGUUAGUCAAUGAGUGGUUCAUGACUUCUAAUAUGUCAGGGCUAGCUUGCCUUCUUGAGCACUCGCCAAUUGUAGAGAAGCUCACUCUUCAACUUUCUAAGGAACCUCGAAAUUUUGUGGAAAUCGAAGACAGUGACAAGCCAUGCAAACAAGCAUUUCUGUUUAAGAACCUCAAUAUAGUUGAAAUCAAAUGUCAAGAAGGUGAUGAAAGGGUUAAGAAAAUUUUAAAGAUCCUGAGUCAAAAUGGUAUACCUCUGGCGAAGAUUAACGUCCUACAAACUAAGAGACGGCCUAGACGUAAGCUAUCUACUGUGGUUCACAUAAUUCUGUGUUUAGAUAUAUAAGAUGUGAAUAAAUUAUCAAGUUAACUAAAAGGUGCAUGUCUAAGAAAUGUAUUGGUAGCACAUACAUUUGUUAAACCUCUUUUCUCUAGAGAUCUCUAUGUAAUCCAGUAAUUAAUGUAUAUCUCGAUUAGGUAGUUUUUAUUGGGGAACUUUCUAGGUUGCAUCUCUGUUAUUUUUUGAGCUCUGCUAGUUGGUUAAAGCAAAUUUUAGGUCUGAUAUGUACAACCAA